AUGUAUAGACCUGGUCCGAUUUUAAAGAGCAGCACAGUAAAUGCACAGAUGGAUCAAGAGCAUUUGGGUCAAUUCCGGCGUCCAGGAUGCCGAGCUCACCUGCCUGUCUGUCCUGCUCCCCCCAGCCUGCACCCCCAGCCUGCACCCCCAGCCUGCACCCCCAUAACACACCAGAACCCUGCAUCCCGCCGCGCCCGCGCUCGCGGACCGCCCAUCGCCUCCGCAGCUGCGCCUUCCAAGCCGCCGCGGUUCCGAAACGCGCGCUUCCCGCCGUCCGGCCGAGAGGGCGGCUUCUCACAGCCGCUCUUCCUCCAGAUGCCGUCUUUCCAGCCGCCACCCGCCCUGCCCGGGUUUUCUGUGAAGGGGCCAGCGGAGCCCAUUGUGGUGCUGCUUGGGGCAGAUGCCGCUCUGCCCUGCCAGCUGUCCCCGGAGCAGAGCGCAGCCCACAUGCACAUCCGGUGGUACCGCGAGCGGCUGUCCCCCGCUGUGCUGGUGUUCCAGAACGGGCAGGACCCAGGCGGGGAGCAGAUGCUGGAGUUCCGCGGCAGGGCCGAGCUGGCCGUGGCCUCCCUCGGCAAGGGGGACGUGGUCCUGCACAUACGACAAGUGCGGGCCUCGGACCACGGCCAGUACCGGUGUCGCUUACAAGAUGGUGACCUGUUCCAGGAGGCUGCUGUGCAGCUGCAUGUCGUAGGGUUGGGCUCUGCGCCCCACGUUCACAUGACAGGACCCGAGGAAGGUGGGAUCAGAGUGCUGUGCUGCUCGGGUGGCUGGUUCCCCAAACCCAGGGUGCAGUGGAGGGACACAGCGGGAGUGACGCUGCCAUCCCUCCCCGAGUCUCAGACCCAAGAUGGAGAUGGGCUCUUUCGUGUGGAGGCCUCUCUUGUGGUCAAGGACAGCUCCGUGGGCAACGUGACCUGCUCCAUCCAGAACCCCCUCUCUGGCCAGGAGAAAGCGUCAGCCAUCUUCCUCCCGGAGCCCUUCUUCCCCAGCGUGUCUCCAUGGAAGGCAGCCCUGGCUGGGGCUCUCCCGGUGCUGGGGCUGCUCCUCACUGGGCUCAGCUGCAUUGGCUGGAGAGAACACCAAGCCAAAAAGAGAGAAAUAGAGGAAAAGAAAAAUGAAUCUCAUGAAAGAGAUGAAAUGAAGAACAAAAAGGAAAUGGCCCUGAAGACCAAAGCGAAACUCAAGGCAGAGCUUGAACGGCGAAAGGCAUUGUACCAUGAAGAUUGGAAGAAGGCCCUGAUAUAUCCUGACUGGAGGAAGGAACAUUUCCAGCCCGCUGUUGUGACUCUAAAUCAUGAAAUGUUUCACCAGCAUAAUUCUGACCCAGAGAGGAACGAGAACUGCAGAGAGGAAACACAGGAUCUACCUGUCAGUAAUAAGCAAGGAGAUGACAACCUUAUCACACUUGAUAAGAAGGACUUCACAUCAGGGAAAUAUUACUGGGAGGUGGACAUCGGGGACACUGAUGAGUGGACUCUAGGUACUUAUGAGCACAUAGAUGGGAAUGAAUCGUCCAAAGAACCACCAGAGAUAUUCAGAGUCUUAGAGAAGAAGGGAUGUGAAUAUAGGGCUCUCGCCUUUUGCUCCCAAAACAUUGCCCUGGAAGAGCCUCUUCCAACAGAAAAGUGCCCACAGAAGAUUGUGAUUUUCUUGGAUUAUGAGGACAGUAACAUUUCUUUCUAUGACAUGGCUGAUGGUUCCCACAUCUUUUCCUUCACCCAGGCUAGACUCUCUGGAUCAAUCAACCCUUACUUCAAGCGUAAAGCCAUGGAGCUCUCCCAUCUGCACAAUAUUAAGUGACUUAGUGGAAGGCUUUAUACCAUGAACACAAUAGUCUGUUCUCUGUAAACUCCAGGACUUUGUUCCUUGAUUGGUGAUCUCAAGCACCACUGAUUAUGAGAUCUCUUAGCCUAAGACGCCAUGGGUCUCCCUGGCCAGAGUUUCUGAUUGCACCAAGCAGUGUUUUUUAAACAAUCUGUAGAGAAGAAUCACAGUUUUUGUUUUGUUUUGUGGUUAUUGUUAUAAAUGUUGUUAUUUGCUUUAUAUCCAAUAUAUUACAGACUAGUGAUUUUCUAAAAUAAGAUACUGGAAAAUGAUAGGAAUAAAAAGGAUAUGCAAUUACAAGUGGGAAUUAUUUUAU